CGCUUGGACGGCCCCAGUCAGUCUCGUUCAAGCGCUCGGCCGUGACGUUACCUCCGCGCGCGACUUUCACGUUUAUUCCGCACACGUGAGUCCGUAUCGGAGGAACUUGAAUACUUUUUUUUUGUUUCGCGAGUGGGCAGAGAUACUUGGGCUGUACUCACUGGAGGAAGAGGUUUUUUCGAGGUAGUGCUAGUGGAAGAGAGACAAAGGGAGUAGGAAGUUCUAGGCGCGUAGCGAAACUUGAAAGCCUCUUCGAGAUGCGCCCAGCCGACUUAAUAAUCACCGCCAGUCGUUCUAAGCCGUAGAAAAGAUGGAUCGGUCCACUCCGAAGAAAAGAAUGUAAUCUCAGGAAUCAUCGAAAGUGUUGCUUAUCGAGCGAUUGCCUCUUCAAAACGAACAUAACCUCAAAAUCGACGAUUCGACGAGAUCGGCUGCUAGAAUGAACGAGGUGAGAGGACAUCGCGAGGAAGUGAGAGUUGCGACGUGGCGACGGUAGUGAAGCCGACGGAAGGUGUUGAGCAAACAUGAACAGUUCGUACGUGAUGGGAGAUGACGAGGACUGGGGUCGGCGUUACUUCUUCACCUAUUACAGCGAGUUCGGCGACAGGAGGGGCGCCAGCGGCAUCGAGGUACUCGUACUGGCGGUGAGCUUCGUAGUGGCGGUAGGCGCGAACCUGGGCAUCGCCGCUUGUGUCCUGCGCUACCGCGAGAUGCGGACGCCCACUAACCUGUGCCUGGUCAAUCUCGCCGCUGCGGAUCUCCUCUUCGCUCUGGGUGUCCCUGCUGUCGCCUACACCAGACUCACUCAGUCCUGGCGACUAGGAGAGGCCGUCUGCCGUAUGCUGCCGUACUCGCAGUUCGUCUGCGGCUUCGUACUCCUCUGGACGCUGACGCUGAUCUCCAUGGACCGGCAUCGUUGUCUGGCGGUAGCCCCCUACCGCAGCGCCCUCACCACCGCGAGAGUCGUCGCCGCGAGCUUCAUCACCUGGAUCAUCGCUGCCUCGCUCUUCCUCCCGGCCGCCUUCUGGUUCAAGCCCAAGGAGGUAGCCGGCGGCUACACGAUCUGCACCCUCGUCUUUCCGCGCAAUGACAUCCUGAACGUGUCGCUGUGCUUCACGAUACCGAUAAUCGUGAUAGCGUGUUUGCUGCCGAUGGCGUUGCUCGUCUACCACUACCAAAGGAUAUUCCAGAGGAUACUCGACACCCGGAAUCGCUGGGCCGUCUCCUGCGUCGCUCAGGGCUUAGAACCAGACUCGAGUCGUCGUCGAGACUCGGAGCUCUCGGUGGUCGGCACACUGGUGCCUUGGGCCGGUCGCAAGCUGUCCUCGGCGUCGAUGACAGGCGGAGCACCGAACCGUCAGGGUCGUGCCGGUAGCCUCUCCCAGCACGAGGAGAUCCGAUUGCACAAGCACCUGCGCGUCGUCCGCGUCUUACUGCUCAACGUCGUCGCGGUCCUCGUCAUGUGGCUGCCCAUCACCAUACUCAUGUUGCUCAUCUACUUGGACGGUCGCAGACCUACCGAGGACACCGACUUUUUUCUCAGAUCGCACCACUUCAUCUGGGCGCUGGUGAUAGCGCAGUUCAACACGGUGGUGAACCCGCUGCUCUACGGCGUGUUCUCGGAGAACUUCCGGGCUUGUUUCGUCAAGCUCUGGCGUCGCGACCCGGGCAACAGUCAACAGCAACAGCAGAACAACGGCUGCGGCAAUCGCGGAAAGUCCCUCGAGGCGUUUCAGGACAGACUGUCCGCGAAGCCAGCGACCGGAGCUGGCAUUGUGAGGAACAAUAGUAGGUCGUCCGCGAGACCUGCUAAGCUGUCCAAUUGUAGCAUCGGCAGCAUUAUCGAGGUGCCGGCGUCCGAGAAACUUUAGGACUAGUUGCGAGAAUUUUUUUCUUUUUUACUUUCGAGAGCUGGUUUGAUUUUUAAGGGAGUGACCGAAAGCUCGCUGUUGGUGAGCUCUAUGUAGGGAUGUUGAGAAAUUUGUUAAAUAAGUAAAAAAAAAUCAACGUGAUUUUUGUUACUAGGAAAAAAAAUUUACGAGGCGACGAAGAAAGUAUAUCGUUGCUCUCUAAGUGCAGACUAUAGGAGGAUUUCAAUUUUCUAGCGAGACCGGUGUCAUUUGAGAUUUGGAAAUUUCCAUCAAAUUUAAAUAAUGUUUUUGAGAUUUGGAAAUUUCCAUCAAAUUUAAAUAAUGUUUUGAAACAUUUCAUGAAUUUUCUCAGAUUUCGCGGAAAUUUCCCAUGCUUUUCAUUCAAUAAUUUUAAUUAAAGAUAAAAUAUACUACUUCUACUAAAGCCUCCAGAGUAAAAUUGAAUCAAAAGUUAAAACGGUCAAAUGAAUAAAGAGGUUGUGAGGGGGCGUGGAAAAUUAUUAAUUUAAGUUUGGUCGGACUGGAAUGUGUGCUAGUCUUCGCAUAGGGAGCGACCUAGUAUGUAUGAAUGCGAUACAAGAAAGAGUAUGCUUGGGUGAUUCGAAAGCGCAAUGAUGCAAGAACGGUUAUACUGAUUUUAUUCCAAAAUAAGUUUACCGAUAUAUACAUUUAAAAAAUGUCGAGCUUAUAACGAUAUAUUUAACGGUAUACACUUUGCUUUGCGAUAGAUUUUUAUUGUUUUAAGCCAGUAUACAUAUAACGAUAUAUAUACUAAUAUAAUUUGUAAAUAAAAUAUGUGAAACAUAUUUGGAUCGAACGAUAGCGAUUUAGGGCCAACGUGAAAUUGUGUACGAAGCAAACGCGAUGCGAGUGGUAUUAGAUAGUUUGUAAAAAUAAAUAAGUGCGUUGCAAACUCUAUAUAGCUGUACAAUUUUCCGAUUCUCGCGAGACUUUAGAAACAUGUUCUCGUUUUCCUAUAUACUUAAUGAAACGGUGUAAUUUUACAAUCAUGAACAUUUUCUUAAUGCUACGCACUAACUCUUAUGCAUUUCUCAAAAGGCUCUGUUAAAGUCAAUAAAAAAAUAUUCCAUUGUAGGUAUGGACUUUGAUAUGAGUGUAAGUAUAUAUUUUUUAUCAUAUUUUUCAAUUAUCAUUGCUGCAAACGUACAAUAAACGCAAUACACAUAAGAAGGGGAAGUAUGAUUUUUAUAUUGACUUUAGACUCUUUUUGAGAGAGCAACAGUAGUGAUCUGUCUAUAAUUUGUUCAUAUUCUAUCCUCGUUUUAAGGAUCACCGCCUACUGUUUUGAAUCUGUAAAUGCUACAUUCUUCCUACAGAGUACUUUGUACAGAUUAUCUAUGACAACGUUUUCUAACAAAACGAACUCGAAACAUUUUAUGAUCGUGUAAAAAAAAACUAAUUGAACUUAUUUAUUUAAUCAGCCAAACAUAUGUACAACAAAUUGUGUCAGUUGUGUGCCAGCUGGAAUAAUUGCGUGAUUAUUUCGUCGACUCUUUUUCUUCCUCCUCGAGUGUAAAUAGACUUGUAAACUAUUGUAAAAAAAGUUUGUAAUUGUUUGAAUAAUGAAAAUAAAAUGUUUCUCAAAUUCGUUGCACAUUCUGUAAGAAGCGAUUCAAUUUUUCAAAGAUACUCACCUGUAACUGCGUCUAACCGAGUAAUCAAUCGUAAAUCUCCUCAAUCGUCAACCUGCGUACAACAGACAUCGAUGAAUAUAUACAGAACCAUCCAAA